AUGGAAACACAUCAGGCUAGUUUCCAGUUUCCUGCGGGAACACCAAUGUCGUUUUCUCAGUCCCAAAAUGGGGUAAGCGGACACGCAGUACAGGGCCAUCCUAAUCAGAACCACCUUGAUCUGUCACACUCUGGCUCAAGCACACAAACCGGCGUUCCCCUGAGAGCACGGAGUUUUAGUGAGACACAGAGGUCUUCUUCUAGAGCCGAAAAGCGUAUGGGAAGGUUAUUUCGGCAAAAUACUACUUCUGCGGCCAGUAGUGCCUCAAACGCUCGUGGUACUGCUUCGUCAACAACACCGACAAAUGGAAAUGCAUUGAGUGUUUCAAGUUCAGCGCUAGCUUCUAACCAGUCGACACAGACAAGCACACCAAUAUUGAGUAGCCAAGAUUUCCACCAUGAGUCUCAUGCUAGUAUAAGUGAUGCCGUGUUGACUCAGGUAAUCAAGGAAGAAGUUGAUUAUGAGGCACCGAACUCAAACAUUGGACAUUCAAACUCUUCAUCAAUAUCUUCUCAAUUUGGAUCUCAAACAUCCUCAUCUACAGCUCACUCCGUAUCUUCAGCUCAUGCUAAUGGAAAUGCAAGCUUGAGUGCUAGUAACGUGAGUAGUGUUAAUAGGAAAUAUUCUCAAUCAAGUGCUAUAAAUGGCCGACUACAGACAAUCUCUUCACCAGAUUCUAUGUUUAAUCCCACCACAAGCAAUCAAUCCACGUCGCUUCAGCCUUUGAUUGCGACUUCUUCUGUUGGUGUCACCCAUUCUUCUCAAGAAGAACUAUCCAAGUUAAACCAGAGAAGUUUUUCAAACAAAUUAUCAACUCUAGCUGAAGAUUCCGACGAUGACCAAUUGGAAAAGCUAUUUAGAUUGUCAAAGAAAUUUGCUCAGCUUCAUAGAGAAUUUACAUCUGUGACAGGCUCUUUAAACUUGGAUAUAAGUGCCCCUACCAAGAACUUUAACAUCUUUUUAAGUGUUCUUCAAAACGUUGAGAAUAAACUAAAUACCCAAACUGAACUUCACAAUGAAAGCGUUGAGAUUCAUUUAAAAUAUCCACUUGCAAACUCAAUGAUGGAUUUGAAGAAGUGGAUUGAAAAUCUUAGACUGUUGAUAAAGUCUACAGACCUAAAUAUUUCUGAUUUUCAAAUAAGAUUGACCUACUACACAUUAUUUUCGAUCUUUGUUGAAUUAUCGAAUAUCUGUCAACUGAUUGUACCGUUACCAAAUAAACUGAAAACCCAUUUCAACCCAAAUUUUACCCCAUCGUUCUCUCAUAAUCCACUGUCAACAAGAAGUAAUACAAUAAGUUCCACGGACGGUAAAAACAAGCCUACGUCAACUACUUUGGUUAGAGCUCCACAAAGCAACCAACAAUCGGCACCAAGGCAACCACCUCUAAGGAUAAACAAGCUGGAUCGGCAGGAUUCUGAUGCAAGUAAUGGUAGCUCGCAUGAUUCAACAUUGAUAAACUCUGCCACUGAGGACGAUAAGCUAUUUGAUUUGAUCAACCAUACUAUCCAAGCAUCACAGGCCGUUUUUAGUCAGAUGAACAAUGCUAUAGCCAAAGGGGCCUUAAUGAUUGCAGAAAAUUCUAAUACCAACGAAAAUACCGAUGAAACCAAUGAAUUGAAUUCAAUUGCAUAUAAAGUCAAAGAUUUAACGAACCAGUGUCUAACUUUGAUGGAGAGAGCUAAAAAAGUGAAGGCCUGUCUUAACUUAGCGAAGAAUACCACUAGCACACAAACACAAGGGAAUGAGUUGCACAAGACUAUUUAUGAGCAAACCAACCUCUUCUUGAAAUCUAUUAUCAGCAUUCUUGCUGCUACAAAGGGUGCAAUAGAUGAUAUUCCUACAUUGAAUGAAGUUAGAUCAUCCUUAUCAAUCUUGACCCGUGCAACCAAAGAGUUGACUAUUAAGUUAGAGACGAGCCAUUUGAAGCAGUCAGUUUUAAGUAGUAAUCCAUCUUCUACUUCAUUAAUUGAUCAACCAAAAUUAUCGUCGAUUCCCUCGAUGGGAAAUUUUUCGCUUGAGCAUCAACAGCAACAACAACAGGGAAACAUACAAUCACCUUUGCUCAGUCAACGAAAUACUAAGCUCAAACAGAUACUGGAGCAAAAUGAGAGUGUACCGAAUAGUAAUCUUUUAAAUCCAAAGAGACCCAAUAAUCACAUGAAUCUUGAAAUAAAUACAACAAAUCUCCAAGGUCCGGAUACCUUUAUGCAACAAACACCUUUGUCGGUGACUACACCAUUGAUUGCUUCCAUUGGUCCUGCUGUUGCGAGUGCUGUUUUGCCAAUUCAAUCUCCAUUGAAGACAUCGUCUAAUCAUCCAGCCACAUUUCAGCAGUCUAUAGAUGAAAACGUGAAUAAUAAUCAGAAUGCCACCACCCCUUCUAAUCGUUAUGAUGAGCAGGGAACUUCUAAUAGUAUUAAUACAGAGUACAAUCCUUUCGAUCGCAUUAUUCCUAGAGGUUCAUGA